CAUGAGCUUUGAUAUUUUCUAAUCAGUGUAUUCAAGAUUGUUUAGUAAUUUGCCCAUUUUCUGAACUUUGGGGCCUCGAUAGGCCCAGAGAGGAAUGAAUGCUGCCAAUAACGAAGCAUGCUGACUUAUCUACGGGGUCUAACGCACACGAAAGAGAAACAAACGUGGCGGAAAACGGCGGACCAAGGAAGAAGAGGCGACUGAGCAACACUGUCAAGAACGGAACGUGUAAGGCAAGCCCCGAUCCUCUGCAGAGUGAAUUGAAUUUUCACCCUCACAAGAAACAAAAGACAAUUCUUGUUCCGGGAGGCGUCGAAAACGCUGGUUCCUCGAUGGCUGAGCCGCAGAGAAAGGCGAAUUUUUCUGCUUACGGAAAUCACUUUCACGAGCGCUCUCCUCUUGCAAACAAUUCUGCUAAGCCAGGCCAGGCCAAGAAGCUCGUGAUUAAGAACUUCAAAGCCAAGCCAAAUUUGCCCGAGAACUUCAAGGAAGCAACAUGGCAGAAAUUAAAGGAGGCUGUUCAAGCAAUUCACAAGAAAACAUUUGUCAUUUACAGCUCAGAGGAACUUUAUAAAGCUGUUGAAAACAUGUGCUCCCACAAAAUGGCUGCCACAUUGUAUGACUUGUUAAAGGCAGAGUGUGAGUCACAUGUGAGGUCAAAUCUUCAACAGUUUGUUUGUGAUUCAAUGGAUAGUGAGUUGUACCUGUCAAAACUAAACCACUGUUGGGAAAACCAUUGCAGAGACAUGAUUAUGAUUAGAAGCAUUUUUCUGUAUCUGGACAGGACGUAUGUUCUUCAAAACUCAACAAUAUUAUCCCUGUGGGAUAUGAGUCUGAAUUUGUUUCGUACACACAUCAUGAGUAACAAAACAGUACAAGAGAGGACGGUGGAUGGUUUACUGCAAUUAAUAGAAAAUGAAAGACAUGGUGAAGCAGUUGACAGAACAUUACUUAAAAGCUUGUUGAGAAUGUUAGCCGACUUGCAGAUGUAUGAGGAUGCAUUUGAAACAAAGUUCCUGAAGGCAACAGAAGCUCUUUAUCAUGAGGAGGGAAACAGAUAUAUGCAAGAAACAGAUGUACCAAAGUAUCUUGCUCAUGUGGACAGAAGACUCAAAGAAGAAAAUGACAGACUGCUUCACUACUUAGAUCAGUCUACAAGAAAACCUCUGAUUCCUUGUAUUGAAAAACAGUUGUUAGGCCAACAUUUGACCAGCAUUCUCCAAAAAGGUUUUGACAGCUUGAUGGCAAGUUACAGGCUCGGUGAUCUAGCCCUACUAUAUCAGUUGUUUAGCAGAGUGAAAAGAGGACAAGACGAAUUAUGCAAUGCUUUCAAUGAAUACAUCAAGAAACAAGGAACUAGCAUUGUUCUUGAUCCUGAAAAAGAUAAAAGUAUGGUACAAGAUUUGCUGGAUUUCAAAGAGCAGCUUGACAGCAUCAUAGAAGACGCUUUUAUGAAGAGUGAGAAAUUUGUUAAUGCAAUGAAGGAUGCCUUUGAAGCAUUUAUUAACAAGAGACCGAACAAACCUGCAGAACUAAUAGCAAAAUUUGUUGAUUCCAAGCUAAGAGCAGGAAACAAGGAAGCAACUGAAGAGGAACUUGAAAAACUUUUAGACAGAAUAAUGGUGCUCUUCAGAUUUAUCCAUGGUAAAGAUGUGUUUGAAGCAUUUUACAAGAAAGACCUGGCAAAGAGACUAUUGGUUGGCAAGAGUGCGUCGGUGGAUGCAGAAAAAUCAAUGCUGUCUAAACUGAAACAAGAAUGUGGUGCAGCAUUUACAAGCAAGCUUGAAGGCAUGUUCAAAGACAUGGAGCUUUCCAAGGAUGUGCUGGUUCAUUUUAAACAGUAUCUGCAGCAUCAGGAUCUCCCAGGUAGUGUAGACAUGGUAGUCAGCAUUCUUACCAUGGGUUACUGGCCAACCUACACUCCAAUGGAGGUGCAUCUGCCAUCAGAGAUGGUUGAAUACCAAGAGGCGUUUAAGAAGUUCUACAUUGGAAAACAUGGCGGAAGAAAACUUCAGUGGCAGAACACGUUAGGACAUUGUGUUGUUAAGGCCGACUUUGGUCCUACGGCAGAUGAGAAGAAAGAACUUCAGGUGUCGUUGUUUCAAACUUUGGUGUUGUUGAUGUUCAACACAGGAGAGACUUUUGGCUUUGACGAGAUCAAGCAAGCCACAGGAAUAGAGGAAGGUGAACUAAGACGAACGCUACAAUCCCUUGCUUGUGGUAAAGCGCGUGUUCUUGUCAAGAAACCCAAGGGCCGUGAUGUCGAUGAUGGCGAUACGUUCUUCUUCAACAGCGAGUUCAAGCACAAACUUUGCCGAAUCAAAAUUAAUCAAAUACAACUCAAAGAGACGCAAGAGGAGAAUAUUAACACAACAGAGCGAGUGUUCCAGGAUCGACAAUACCAGAUUGACGCAGCCAUUGUCCGUAUCAUGAAAACUCGCAAGACCCUCAGUCACACGCUCCUGGUGACAGAAUUAUUUAACCAGCUUAAAUUCCCUGUGAAGCCUACAGACCUUAAGAAACGCAUUGAAAGUCUGAUAGAACGUGACUAUAUGGAAAGGGAUAAAGAGUUUCCUAACCAGUACCACUACGUUGCGUGACACAGCGAAACUACCUGUCGUGACACAAGAAUUCUGCAGAUACCUGUCGCACCUCUGGUUGUUCCUGGAUUAGAAAUCUGUUGUAAUUAACUACAGAGCAGUCACGCUUUGCUUCGUGGAAACUUAAUCCUGUGCCUGUAGCAGUUUCAAGCCUUUUCUUGUUUAAUUGGCGUGGCAUUCUUUCAGUACAAAGUUCUGAUGAGGUGUUAUAUCAAUGCGAUUACUUUGUUCCUAUGCAGUGAACUCUGAAAGCAAUUUCCGCCUUCUUCACCCGGUACAAGCGGUAUGAGUAAGGCGUAUAAAGCUUUCUCGUCCACGCGCGUUUCCCGCGAGAGUUAUGCGCCUGUCAUGUGCGUCUUCCGCGCAACUGUCAGUUUUCUUCCCAGCAAAUCGAUUACUCCUGCAAUAUACAGUUUUCUCCAGUGAAUGCAAGAUAGCCACGGUAGGAUAAAAACCCGGGGCAAAUGGCAACGUAUCGGUUGUGUAUAGUUUCUUGACGCGUGACCAUGCAAACUGGCCUGCUUCGUGGAUGGCUCAGGUGUUGGAAAUGAAAGUUACGCAACUUAGUCACGCAAUGUAGUCCGUACUAGAACUCUCUCAGCCAUCGAGUCUGUGUUCAAAUGUUUUGUUGUACAGCGGAAGCAUUGGAGUCACGCGAACGCACUGGUAACGAAUGGUUCUGUCUACCCUGUAUCAGUUAAGAUUUCGCUUUUGUACAAAGGUAUAUAGAGUCUUAAUGUUCUGAGGAAAAGAGAUAAUUUGUCAUAGGGGCCUGUGUAUUUUAGUCGCAAUAGUGUAUCUUUUGUGACCUUUUCGUCUUUUUUUUUUGCUUGGUCAACCUGA